AUGGAGUCUUCUGGACUUUUGAGCAUCCUGGUGCUAUUCAUCCUCCUAGCAAACGUCCAGGGACCUGGGCUGACUGACUGGCUCUUUCCCAGGAGAUGCCCCAGAGUCCGAGAGAAAUGCGAAUAUAAAGAAAGGGACGAGUGUGCAAGGGACAGACAGUGCACGAACAACAAGAAGUGUUGUGUCUUCAGCUGUGGAAAAAAAUGUUUAGACGUCGGACAAGACAUAUGCAAGAUGCCAAAAAAAUCUGGUCCCUGCAUGGCUUAUUUUCGUCGCUGGUGGUAUGAUAAAGAAAAUAAUACCUGCUACAAUUUUAUCUAUGGCGGCUGCCAGGGGAACAACAACAACUUCCAAUCCAAAGCCCUCUGCGAGAUCAACUGCCAAAAGCCACGUUCCUCUCCCUGAAUGGAUAAGGAUAAACUGGAGCAACCACCAGGAUUUGGCUCAGGAUCCAAGGCUUGACCGAUGCUCUAAAAGUUGGCUUCUACCACUCCACUCUCAGCUUUCCAAGUUCUUGGCUCUCCCAGACACUAAACCCCAGGGUCACCUUCU